CCGUACAUCCGCUGGCUGCCUGUCACCGCGCACGGAGCAGCAGCAGCAGCGGCGGCGGCGGCAGCGGCAGCAGCGGCGGCGGCUCGCAGUCAGACGCUGACGCCGACCCGCGAGGCAACACAUCCGGGCUCGCUUUCGCCUGCAAGCCGCCGACAUGAACCGGAAAGCGGUCGCCGACGUCUUGCCCGCGCUUUAGCCGGAGGCGACUCACACACGGUGGGAGAGACGUUCAACGUCAGGACCUUGGACAUUAAGAGCUAUUUUUUUUUGUAAGCUUUUAAAAGACAUUUUGAUAUUAGUGUGACUUGAGCCCUCCUGUCAUGGCGAGUGACUCCCCGGCUCGGAGUCUGGAUGAAAUCGACCUGUCUGCUUUGAGGGAACCCGCUGGCAUCUUUGAGCUGGUGGAGCUGGUGGGAAAUGGCACCUACGGGCAAGUGUACAAGGGUCGCCAUGUUAAGACAGGGCAGCUGGCAGCCAUCAAGGUCAUGGAUGUCACCGGGGAUGAGGAAGAGGAGAUCAAAGCGGAAAUCAACAUGCUGAAGAAGUACAGCCACCAUCGCAACAUCGCCACCUACUACGGCGCGUUCAUCAAGAAGAAUCCGCCGGGGAUCGACGACCAGCUAUGGCUGGUGAUGGAGUUCUGCGGCGCCGGCUCGGUGACGGAUCUGAUCAAGAACACCAAGGGCAACUCCCUGAAAGAAGAGUGGACGGCCUACAUCUGCCGAGAGAUUCUCAGGGGCCUGACUCAUCUCCAUCAGCACAAGGUCAUCCACCGAGACAUCAAGGGACAGAACGUCCUGCUGACGGAGAACGCCGAGGUCAAACUAGUGGACUUUGGCGUUUCGGCCCAGUUGGACCGCACAGUGGGAAGGAGGAACACGUUUAUCGGGACGCCGUACUGGAUGGCGCCGGAGGUGAUCGCCUGCGACGAGAAUCCAGACGCGACUUACGACUUCAAGAGCGAUUUAUGGUCGCUGGGCAUCACGGCCAUCGAGAUGGCUGAAGGAGCACCACCGCUGUGUGACAUGCACCCCAUGAGAGCCCUCUUCCUCAUCCCGCGAAACCCUGCGCCCAGACUCAAGUCAAAGAAAUGGUCCAAGAAGUUCCAGCUAUUCAUCGAGAGCUGCCUGGUGAAGAGCCACGGCCAGAGGCCCAGCACGGAGCAGCUCCUCAAGCACCCCUUCAUCAGGGACCUGCCCAACGAGAGGCAGGUCCGCAUUCAGCUCAAGGACCACAUUGACCGCACCAAGAAGAAGCGAGGCGAGAGGGAUGAGACCGAGUACGAAUACAGCGGCAGCGAGGAAGAGGACGAGGAAAGAGACAUGGGCGAGCCGAGCUCCAUCAUCAACAUCCCCGGCGAGUCGACCCUGCGGCGCGACUUUCUGCGCCUGCAGCUGGCCAAUAAGGAGCGCUCGGAGGCGCAGCGGCGGCAGCAGCUGGAGCAGCAGCAGAACGAGGAGCACAAGCGCCUGCUGCUGGCCGAGAGGCAGAAGCGCAUCGAGGAGCAGAAGGAACAGCGGCGGCGGCUGGAGGAGCAACAGCAGCGCGAGCGAGAGCUGAGGAAGCAGCACGAGCGGGAGCAGAGGAGGCGCUACGAAGAAAUGGAGCAGCUCCGUAGAGAGGAGGAGCGGCGGCACGCUGAAAGAGAACAGGAGUAUAUCCGUAGGCAGCUGGAAGAGGAGCAGAGGCAGUUAGAGAUUCUCCAGCAGCAGCUUCUACAGGAGCAGGCGCUACUUCUGGAGUACAAGCGCAAGCAGGUGGAAGAGCAGCGGCAGGCGGAGCGUCUACAGAGGCAACUCCAUCAGGAGAGGGCCUACCUGGUGUCGCUGCAGCAACAGCAGCAGGAAGGACGGCAGGCGGAGAAAAAACAGCUCUACCACUACAAAGACGUCAUGAAUCCCAACGACAAGCCGGCCUGGGCUAAGGAGGUGCAAGGCGGUAACCCGCCCCGCUCUAACCUUCGCCACCACCAGUCGUUCAACCGGCCGCCGCCGUCGUCCUCGUCCUCCCGCGGCCGACCCCCUGCUCAAACCCCUAGACGCGCCCCGUCCGUGGGCGCCCAGAUCCUCUCCGAGCACCUCCCCCAGAUCCGCAUCGCGCUAGACCCCGGGGAGCCCCUGGGCCCGGGGCUAAAGCAGGAGAUAAGUCAGCGGGUCCGAGAGUUGAGGGCGCAGAAGCGCAGUCAGAGCAAGCGCGGCCCGACCGCCGUCAAGGAAGACAGUAAGGCGGCUCGUAAGGAGCCUCGUAACCAAGAGAAAGAACCUUCCGGUCACGUGACGCUCAGACGGUCCGACCCUGCCGCCGACGCUCGAGACCAACAGAAAGACGAGUCCCCAGGCAGGCCCCUCUCUGCGCACGAUCCUGCCGACAUCCCCCGUGUUGUUACUAAGGCGCCCGCGCAGGUCCACAAUCUGGUGGAGGAGAGGUCAAAGCUGAACAGACAGAGUUCUCCGGCACUGCAGCCCAAAGUGUCAAACCGGAUCUCGGACCCUUCCCUCCCUCCCCGGUCCGAGUCCUUCAGCGGCGGCGGCAUGCAAGCCGCCCGAACUCCACCCGCUCACCGUCCUGUCGAACCCCAGAUGGCCCACCUGGUUCCGGUCAAGACGCACUCGGGCUCCAUGUCGGGUUCUCAGUCCCUGCAGGACCAGACGGCUUCGGCGCUGAGCGAGGGCGUGGGCUCGCCCAGGCCAGACAUCCCCCGCCAGAACUCCGACCCGACUUCCGACACCCAGACGCCCCCGCUUCGCACGGCUGACCGGGACAGGACCGUGUGGCUGAGAGAGGAAGACCUGCCUCCCAAGGUCCGAGAAUCCAAAUCGAGGACCACCUCCAUCUCCCCAGCCUUGGCCAGGAAGAACUCCCCCAACGGAAGCGUCGGGUUGGGGCCUCGCACGGGCUCUCAGCUCAUACGAGCAAGUAACCCAGACCUGCGCCGUUCCGAGCUCUCCCUGGACGCCAUGCUGCAAAGGACGUCCUCUAACUCGUCUUCGUCCUCCUCUCCCUCGUCCCAGGGAGGCUCAGUCGAGAGGAGAGGUCAGAGCAAACAGGAAGCAUCCUCGUCGGGAGCCAAUCAGGAGGCCCAAUCCAAACAGGAGGCGGGCCCUGAAUCCAGCAGACCCAGCAGGCCUGCGAGCUAUAAGAAAGCCAUAGAUGAGGACCUCAGCGCUCUGGCGAAGGAACUCCGAGAGUUGAGGGUCGAGGAGGGCAGCCGGCCUCCAGUCAAGGUGACGGACUACUCGUCGUCCAGCGAGGAGUCUGAGAGCAGCGACGAUGACGGCGAGACGGUGGGACACGACGGCACCGUGGCCGUCAGCGACAUCCCUCGAAUCAUGCCAGCUGCGCAAAGCGGCGUCGAGUCAUACGGAGGACUGAGCGAGGCCUCCCCGGGUGAGGCCUUCAGGAACUCCAAGGACGGCACGCUGGUGAUGAGAGAGGCCGACGAGAAGAGGCGAGGCGGCCGCGGCGAGAGCAACGGCUUCGGCGACCACGCCAACCUGCCCGACCUGGUGCGGCGGAGCGGCUCGCCCCCGGCCGCGCCCGCCGCCCUGCGAGAGCUGGGCGACCUGCCCGAGUUCGGUCUGGGCGGCUGCAAAACAUCCUUCACGCCGUUUGUCGACCCUCGUGUCUAUCAAACGUCCCCUAGCGACGAAAACGAGAACUCGGCAGCCGCCGUGUUCGCUGACGAGCUCCUGCGGCAGGAGCAGGCCCGGCUCAACGAAGCCAGGAAGAUCUCGGUGGUCAACGUGAACCCCACCAACAUCAGACCGCACAGCGACACGCCCGAGAUCCGCAAGUACAAGAAGCGCUUCAACUCGGAGAUUCUUUGCGCCGCGCUCUGGGGUGUGAACCUGCUAGUGGGGACGGAGAACGGCCUCAUGCUGCUGGACCGAAGCGGCCAGGGAAAAGUUUACAACUUGAUCACCAGGCGGCGUUUUCUUCAGAUGGACGUGCUGGAGGGCCUCAACGUGCUCGUCACCAUAUCGGGGAAAAAGAACAAGCUGCGCGUCUACUACCUGUCGUGGCUGAGGAACAGGAUACUGCACAACGACCCGGAAGUGGAGAAGAAGCAAGGCUGGAUCACCGUCGGAGAGCUGGAGGGAUGCGUGCAUUAUAAAGUUGUCAAGUACGAGAGGAUCAAGUUCCUGGUGAUUGCGCUGAAGACCUCGGUGGAGAUCUACGCCUGGGCCCCCAAGCCCUACCACAAGUUCAUGGCCUUUAAGUCGUUUGCCGAGCUGCAGCACCGUCCUCAGCUCGUCGACUUGACCGUGGAGGAAGGUCAGAGGUUGAAGGUCAUCUACGGCUCCAGCGUGGGCUUCCACGUCAUCGACGUCGACUCGGGCAACCCAUACGACAUCUACAUCCCGUCGCACUGUGCCAAAGAGACCAAGAUCCAGAGCCAGGUAACGCCGCACGCCAUCGUGGUGUUGCCCAAGACGGACGGCAUGGAGAUGCUGCUGUGCUACGAGGACGAGGGCGUCUACGUCAACACGUACGGCAGGAUCACCAAAGACGUCGUGCUGCAAUGGGGGGAGAUGCCCACCUCUGUUGCCUACAUCCACUCCAAUCAAAUUAUGGGCUGGGGCGAGAAAGCCAUCGAGAUCCGCUCGGUGGAGACGGGACACCUGGAUGGAGUCUUCAUGCACAAGAGGGCCCAGAGACUCAAGUUCCUGUGCGAGCGCAACGACAAGGUGUUCUUCGCAUCGGUGCGCUCGGGCGGCAGUAGCCAAGUAUUCUUCAUGACCCUCAACAGGAGCUCCAUGAUGAACUGGUGAUGGCCCCGCCCACUUGGUCCAACCUCGCUCUCCCGUUGGCUGUUGACAUCCUCCUCCUAUUUGCACACUUUGCCUCUUCCUCUACCUGUUGUGCCGCCGGCCUUGAAACGCAACACGGCGGCGGAGGGACCACUUGAUCUUCUUCUCCUCAUCCUCAUCCUCCUCUUCUUCCUCCUCCCUCCCUCCCGCCGAUUCAAAAGAUGACGUCUGCGUCCCUUUAAGAAGAAAAUCGCACACUUCCAGCCCCCGCGCCCUCCACUCCGUCUCCUCUUUGUCGUAUUUCCACUCUUUAAAGGUGCUGCAUCAGACUUCAAGUUGUCAAUCAACAAAAAGCGUCCGUGUGAAACUUUACCGCACACGCCUGUUUCUGUCAACAUUUUGUGUGUGUGUGUGUGUGUGUGUGUGUGCUCCGAGUCCCGCUCCGAGAUCAACGUCGAGGAGAGCGGAAAUGAAAGUCAGUGAUGGUCGUUUUGCUCUUUAUAGCAGGAAGUCGAAAAAAAGUGACUUGCGCUACAAUUGUAACACACCGCUACAGAAUACUUUUAUUAUUCUUCCACCAUAGAUUAUUAUUUGGGGGUGUCAGGAACAGGAACAUCGAUAAAGUGACCUGCGAUAGAAAAAAAGAAAAAUUGCUGAAGUCACCUGUCAGGAACAAGAACCUUGCUCAAGUCAAGUGUUAGACAAUGAUUUUACUAAAGUAACCAGUCAGGAAAUAACAACUCUGGGAAGGUCACUCGUCCAGGAACAAGAACUUUGCUACAGUGUCAGGAACAGAAACUUUGCUGAAGUCACCUGUCAAAAAACAAGAUCUUUAGAAAAUUCGCUUGUCAGGAACGAAAACUUUGCUGAAGUGACCUGGCAGGAACAAGAACUUGAAAGGAUCAGGAAUCUCGCUAAAGUCACCACUAAGGAACAAAAACCUUGCUAAACAAAAUUUUAGGAAAGACACACAAGAAACAACAAUUGUGGUAAAGGAACCCGUCAGGAACAAGAACAUUGCUUAAGUCAACAGUCAAAACUUUGGUAAAGUAUCAUGACAACAACUUUGUCAUGUGAAGGACAAAAACGUUGGUAAAUCCAUCUAACAAGAACAGGAAAUUUUUAAAGUCAACUCUCAGAAAUAAGAACUUUCCUAAAGUGUCAGAGUCAAGAACUCUGCUAAAGUAACCUGCAGGAACAAGAACUUGAGUAUAAUGUCAGGAACAGGAAUUUUGUUAAAGUCAGGAUUAGGAACUUUAGGAACGUCACCAAUCGGCAACAAGUUGAGGAACGACAUCCGCUUAGCUUUAGCUUUGCGAAACCACUAGUCAGGAACAACAAAACUGGGAAAGUGCUCUGUCACAAAAAUUUUGCUAAAGUAACCAGUCAGGAGCCAGAACUUUAGGAAAGUCACUUGGCAGGAACAAAAACUUUGCUGAAGUCGCCUGUGAAGAACAAAAACAUCGGUAGCUUCACCUGUACCUGAAAUAGCUAAUGUUUUCCAAAGUGUCAGGAACAAUAACUUUGCGAAAGACACCUGUCAAAAACAAGAACUUUGCAAAAGUAUCAGGAACAAGUACUUUGCUAAAGUCACUUGUGAAUAAUAACAACUUUGGAAAAUCUGCCUGUCAGGAACAGGAACACUGCAAAUGUCACCUGUGAGGAUCAAUAAGUUGUUUAAAGUGUCUGGAACAAUAUCCUCGUUAAUGUCACUUGUCCACUGUUUUGUUUUUGCGUUACACAAACACACCACCAAAAAAAAAAAAAAAAAAAAGUAGCCAACUGUUCGGCCUUCAUGCUCGGCAGAGCUUCAAAAAAGAAAAUGUGUGGCGGGAAUACAUUGCGGGUGGUCAGCUGCCGUGCGUUUUCUUUUUUUCUUUUUUUAAGCUGCGUUGGGUUCGCACCGAGCGCUAACACGCUAACACAGUUCUUAGUGUUUUGUUCAUUAUCGCUAGUGAAGAUGAGCUAACAAACACCUCAACCAUGUCGUCGUGUACUGUACUAAAAAUGGCUGUAGAUGCACAACAGGCAAGCUAACGUUUUAGCAAUAAAGAGCCCAGCGGUCUUCCCUCUGUGCGUGCGUGUGCGCUUGUUAUUUUUUUGUUGUUGCGGUCAUUCCACUGAGGACUCUCAAAGACAAAUUAAAACCACUGUAAUCUUUUUUUUUUUUUUUUUUUUUUUUUUGUGUGUGACUGUGUUACUUUUUCUUCUUCCUGUUUUUAUUUGAAAAGACUAAUCGUCCUGUUUGGGGAUUUGUUUUGUUUUGUAAAAGAGACACUGGAAGAGAAAUAAAUGUAAGAGUAGAGAAGGGUUGCCUUGUGUAGUUGUUGUUUUUUGCAACCUUGCGAAAAACACUGGCUGGGAACAAUUGAUUUGGUUAAGUAACCUGCAGGAACAAUAACUUCACUGAAAUCACCUGUCAGGAACAAAAACUUUGCGAAAUUGACCUGUCACGAACCACAAUUUUGUGAAAGUCGCCUUUCAGUAACAAUGAAUUUGGUAAGUAACCUUUUAGGAACAAUGACUUUGCUAAAGUAACCUGCAGAAACAAGAACUUAACUGAAAUCACCUGUCAGGAACAAGGAAUUUGUGAAAGGCAAUUGUCAAAAACAACAACUUGGGUAAAGUUUUGUGUCAGCAGCAAAAACUUUGCAAAACUCACCUAUCUGGAACAGGAACUUUUCCGAAGUCUCCGGUCACGAAGCAGAACUUGCUAAAGUCACCUGUUAGGUAGAAGAACUUUGUCAUAGUAACUUGCCAGGAACAGGAAGGAAAAAAAUUAAGGUCUGAGCAAGAACCUAGCUAAAGUCAUCUCUCAGGAACAGGAACCUUGCUAAAGUAACCUGCAGGAACAAUGACUUUGCUAGCGUAACGUGCAGAAACAAGACCCUUCCUGAAAUCACUUGUCAGGAACAAGGAAUUUGCCAAUGUCUCUUGCCAGGAACAGAAACAUAAACUUUACUAAGGUAGCUGACCGGAACAAGAACCUAGCAAGUAACCUGUCAGAAAUAGUAACGUUACUGAAAUCUCCUUUCAGGAACAAGGACUUUGCCAACGUUGUUUUCCAGGAACAGGAAAAAGAACCUGGCUAAAGUCACCUGUCAGGAACAAGAACCUUGCUAAGGUCAUUUGUUCAGAAAAUUGUGUGUCUGUGUGUGUGUGUGUGUUAUUGUCAGUGUGUUUGUCCAUUCCGCCCAUUACACUGAGGACUCUCAAAGACGAAUAAAACCACUGCAGUCUUUUAUUUUGUAUUUGUGUGAGUUCAUUUGUCUUUUCCUGUUUUAAUUUGAAAAGACUGAUCUUCCUGUCUAGGGAUUUGUUUUGAUUUGUAAAAGAGAACCUGGAAGAGAAAUAAAUGCCAUCGUAGAGCCAUUCUCA